AGCCGAGCACGCUGAGUGGUAAAUCAAUCAUGGAAGAUAAUACCAAGCACAAACUAAAAUACAUAUUUUCCACAACUUGAAAUGUAGCUAACUAUUAUAUACACGAAUCAAGCAGAGUUAAACGCGUAACAUUAACCAUUUGGGCAUCGUUUUAUCGCGAAAGGGAAGCGUGAGUUGGUCAGUGAAUUGUAGCUAGGAAAACCCCAUCGAUAGUUAGCUAGCUAACGUUAGCGUGCUUGUUAACGGUAAAGCAGAAAGCGCACAAUUCUUCAUGGAUUGCUCGUAAACUUUUUAAUAUUUUUUGUAACAGGAAUGUGUUUGAAAAUGAGGGAAUCUUUUUUUAUUUUAACUAGCUAUCUAGCUAUAACGUUCCAUCUGAAAAAUGUCAAAAUUGUAUGAACAUGCAUGUUGACAACGAAGCUAUAACGACGUUAUAAACAUCUGUCAAAGCUCAAGUCUUGAAUAUGUUGGGUUGCUAACGUUACAUUAUUGCGUCACGAAAGCCAUCAGAUGGGGAAUAUAUUACACUCGAUUUCUCGAGUUACUGUGGCUUUGUCAUAGGAGCUUGCGACAUUGUCCUUGGAGACAGCAUCGCAGAAAUGUGGGUAGCUUGCUAAAAAAUACAGUGUUAGGGCCUAUGAGGGGGGCAAUCUUGGCAACAUCACUUGGCACGGUCACUACCGAAGAAGUCUCCCGAAACGGAAGAAGUGACAGGAUGAACAACAUCAACAAAAGCAGACCCUCCAGCUCCGCCAGUUUCUCCUCUACCGCAACAGCAAGUGCCCUUGAUGAUGACAGCACCAGCCUCAGGCAGCAGAAGCUGGAAAAGCAGAGGGCGCUGUUGGAGCAGAAGCAGCGGCGGAAGCGGCAGGAGCCUCUGAUGGUGCAGCCCAACCCAGAGGCCCGGCCCAGGCGCUCCAGGCCUCGGCGCAGUGAGGAGCAGGCCCCGCUGGUGGAGUCGCGCCUCGGCAUCAUCAGCGAUGUCAUCAUGGACGGUAUCGACGGCCCUGCUGCCUUCAUGGGCUCUGAGGCCCCAGACCUGGGUACCAAGAUACAGAUUCUGUCGGUGAGCAAGUCCCAGCCCCUGUCCCUGUCCCAGCCGCUGCACCAGUCUCCCCUCGCCGAGGAGCCUGACCGGGACGGGGACACGGAGACUCUGCUGGAGCCCAAGACGGGCAUCCACGAGCUGCUGCAGAAACGAGAGGCGUGGGACAUCUCUCUCAGCCCCUCCCCCUCUCUGAUUGACCCCGCCAACGGCAGGGUGGUCCAGUUGGUUGGUGCAGUGGAGGAGGGCCCAGAGGAGGGGCCGGAGGAGGGGCCAGAGCGCCCACUGUCUGCCAGGGAGAAACUACUCCAGUCAGGUCUGUCAGGCAGUAUGAACUACGAAGAGGCCAGUGAGGAUGAGGAACACGGUGAUGAAGACCGGCCACGCUCGCUGUCCCCCAACCCAGAGUCAACACGGCCUGCGUCUGCCUCCAGCGCAAAGUCCAACACAGAGUGCGUGACACCGGGGUCGCCCACGGCGGAGAGCGCCCUGAUCGAAGUGGACAACCUGGAGGAGUUUGUGGUGCGUCCCGCCCUCCGCGGCGUCACCGUCAAGUGCCGCAUAUCCCGGGACAAGAAGGGAAUGGACCGCGGCCUGUACCCCACCUACUUUAUGCACAUGGAGAGAGAGGACGGCAGGAAGCUGUUUCUUCUGGCUGGGAGGAAGAGGAAAAAGAGCAAGACGUCCAACUACCUGAUCUCAGUGGACGCCACGGACCUGUCACGCGAGGGAGAGAGCUUCAUGGGGAAACUGAGGUCUAACCUGAUGGGGACCAAGUUCACGGUGUAUGACCAAGGCACCAACCCCUGUAAGAACCCUGGAGCUUUGCUGGAGGAGAGCAACACACGACAGGAACUCGCAGCCAUCUGCUAUGAGACCAACGUUCUGGGGUUCAAAGGUCCCCGCAAGAUGACCGUCAUCAUCCCAGGCAUGAACAUGAACUUUGAGAGGGUUCCUGUCCGUCCAAACUGUGAGCAGGACAGCCUUCUAAGUAAGUGGCAGAACCAUUCACUGGAGAACCUGAUCGAGCUGCACAACAAGGCCCCCGUGUGGAAUGACGACACCCAGUCCUACGUGCUCAAUUUCCACGGCCGCGUUACACAGGCCUCCGUCAAGAACUUUCAGAUCGUCCACGACAACAAUCCGGACUACAUCGUAAUGCAGUUUGGCAGAGUGGCCGAGGACGUAUUCACCUUAGACUACAACUACCCCAUGUGUGCCCUGCAAGCCUUCGCCAUUGGCCUGUCCAGUUUCGACAGCAAACUGGCCUGCGAGUGACCAACCCCAUCACGACUCCUAACUCGCCAUUCCCUCCAUGGCCUUUUCACCCCUCCCCCCCCCUCCAGGACAACGCCAACUCCACAACACCGCCCCUCCCCCUCACAGGAUUCAGCGCCUUCCUUGUACAGCUCACCAGCAGUCUGCCACUAUGAAAAUAAUCAUGAAUUAUGACCUCUCACCCGUACGUGGUACAUCCAAUCAUGGCACACGAAUCACGCUGACUUGGAGAGCGGAUGAAGAGAGUGGGUGUGUGAAGGAGAGGACUAAAGCAAGUAGAUUUGGGUGGAGGAUAUAGGAUUUUCCUUAUCGGCAGAAAAAUGAAAUUACCGUCCACAAAGGGAAACUGGUCACAAAUCAUCAAGGCGCCUUUGUUUUCAUUUGUAUUUAUCUGUAGUUCUGUUUCAUUGAGUUUGUAUUGCUUUUUGUUGCUUUAGCUGUUGUAUAUAGGUGAUUUAAUGUGUAUUGAAAUUGGUUAAAAGGGAAAAAUGACACCAAGCAUCAUAGACCAAACUGUCGUGGGCACUCCCUGUUAGGGACAGGACUUCUAACACAGACUAGACCAGGUCACAGGAGAUGGUGUCUUUGAUUUAUAUCAGAUUUGAAUGUUUUAUAGGCCUCAAAACAUGUCUGAUGAACUUAUGAGUUUGUUCGUUUUUAGCAGAUGUUUUUAAAGUUGCCUUUAAUGUUGAUUCCAAGUGUCAUUUUACUCCCAUUUUACAUUAUGUUGCCUUCUACAAUCACUGUUGUGCGAUUCUUUUGACGAACUCUGGAAACUUUAUGGUCUAUAUCCUAAAAUUCACCUCACUGUCUUCAAAUGGUCAUGUUGCUUUGGUUUCCAGCCAUUUUGCAGCAUCAAGAUGUUCAAUAAUUCUAACGUUAAUAAAAAAGGGUUGACAUAGUUUUUCUUCCUCUUAAAGAUGAA